AUGGUGUGGCCGAGCGCGCCCGAGAGCCCGGUGAAGCGCAUGCAGCGCUCGACCGAGAGUCCGGUGAAGCGGAUGCACCGCUCGACCGGCUCAUCGCACCGUAACGAUAUCGAUGCGCCGCGCUCCGCGGCGAGCGAGCCGAGCCGGCUCCUGUCCGAGAUGGCGCCCCACCUGAUGACCCCGGCGAUGGUCAAUGCGCUGACCAAAGUGAGUCUGCAGGCCGGCCAGCUCUCUGCCUCGCGUGAUCCGUAUCCACUGAAGCGGUCGACGUUGCUGCUUGCGCCGCAGUUUUCGAUCGAGAACCCCGCGCGGUCGCUCGCGAGGAUCAGCUCGUCGCUGCUGCAGUUCUCCGGCCUAAAAGGCGCGCGCACGCCGGCGAACCAGCCCAUGACCUCGAUGGAUGUGGGAGUGCUGGAAGAGAGCCAGCGCAUCCUCGAAGGCGCCACCGCGGACCUCGAAACGGCGCUCGACACGUCCGAGCUCGACGCGGAGCGCGACGAGGUCCCCGUGUCGCUCCUGCGUGGCUUCCAGGCGACCGUGCCCCAGGCGUACGCGGGCAAGACGCGGCGGCGCAACGUGCGUGCGAUCGCCAGUGCACAGACCGAGCGGCGGCCGCGCCGCGAGCGCGUCACAAGGAUGGCGAGCGCCGAAAAGAAGCUGCUGUCCCUCGAGGAGCUCGAGCAGCAAAACGCCGAGAUCACCGAAGAGAUGCGCAACGUCACCAUCCGGCGAAACCUGUAUAACGCAGAGAUUGUCCAAGUCGAUGCCAAGAUCGCCGCGCUGGAAGCCAUCAAGACCUCGCUGCAGAACAAGCUCGUCGAGGUGCGGGAGGAAGAGCUCGAGCUGGACGACGAACUGCAAGGCCUCACCGAGCUCCUCGAGCUCCAGCGGCACAGGCGCUCGAUGCCGGGCGGCCGCGGCCUCGACGCCACGACACUCCUGCCGCAGGAGCCGCCGACGCACCGCGGCACCAGCCGGCGGCGAAAAGGGCCCGUGUUCCUCCCGUCGGAGCACGACGAGCUGCCUCCCGGCGUGGCGUUCAUGACGCUCGCGAACCAUGCGGGUCCGAUCACGGCGCUCGACUUUUCCGAGCCGUACGGCACACUCGUCUCGGCGUCUGCCGACGAGAAUAUGCGUGUCUGGGACCUGAGCACCGGCGAAGAGGUCGGCCGGCUGCGGGGCCACACGGACACGGUCAAGUGCCUCCAGGUCGAGGACGAGCUGUGUGUCACCGGCUCGCUCGACCAUGCGCUGCGCCUGUGGGACCUGCGGCGUGUCGACGACUACGAGACGGCUCUGUCCGCGCGCCUGGAAGGGACCGGCGGCGAGGACGCCGAGGAUCCGUGUGUGCGCACGCUCGAAGGGCACUCGAAAGGCGUCACGGCGCUCUACUUUGACGACGGGUGCCUCGUCACCGGCGCGGCGGACAAGACGCUGCGGCAGUGGGACCUGGAGACGGGCCAGUGUGUGCUUACGAUGGAUAUCCUGUGGGCCAUGUCCAACACCAGCACGCACGCCAUGGUCGACCUGCGCCCCGACGAUCCGUUUGCGCCGCCGUCGCCCGAUCCGAACAUCGACCCGCUGGGGAGCAUUUCGAACCAGUUCACCGGCCCAUUUUCCUACCCCACGCCCCCGUACGAGGACGGGAGCUGGGAGAUGUUCCAAGACUUUGUCGGCGGCGUGCAGUUCUGGGGAUACGCGCUGGCGAGUGGCAGCGGCGACGGCGGCGUGCGUCUGUGGGACCUGCGCACCGGCCAGGCGCACCGCACGCUCCUCGGCCACACCGCGCCGAUCAGCUGCCUGCAGUUUGACGAGAUGCACCUCAUGUCCGGCUCGCUCGACAAGACCGUGCGCAUUUGGGACCUGCGCAUGGGCAACGUCGUGGAGACGCUCCAGUACGACUACCCCGUGACCGCGCUCCAGUUUGACUCGCGCAAAGUGCUCACCGCGUGCGGCGCACGCGCCCUCGAUAUGUACAACCGCACCUCGGAAAAACACGCGCCGCUCUCGAUCAAUGGCCACACGGCACCGGCCGAGCACCUGCGGUACAUGGACCGCUACGCAGUGACCGGCGCGCGCGACAGCUGCAUCAAAGUAUGGUCCUUGUAG